GACUGAUUUUGCAUCCAAACCAAGCAAUCAUGUUCCAUCCAACGCGAGGAGGUACCCGUGGAGGCCAUGACCAGUUUAAGUGGGAAGAUGUUAAAGAGGACAAACACAGGGAAAACUAUCUUGGAAACUCAUUACAUGCUGCGGUCGGACGGUGGCAGAAGGGUCGGGAUAUAACCUGGUACGUGAAGGCGAGUGACAAAGACAAAAGUCUCGCUACUCUAAAGGCCGAAAAGAAAUUAGAGAUUCAGAGUAUCAAGGAUGCAGAAGCCGAAGCCAUGGCAGAAGCGCUUGGAUAUAAAACCAAGCGCAAGGUUACUACCAAUGUCACCGAGAAGGAACUCAAGUCUGCAAUCAGCAAAUCUGAUAGUGUAGUGCAAGAUGAAAUGGAUGAAAAAAUUAAAGAGUCUACUGUCAGUGAAGGACUUGGAUUCAAAAAUCGAACACAGCGAAUGUAUGCGCCAUUAGCCAAUGAUACUACCUCACGGAAACUUGUUGCAACCAGCUCAAAUGCCAUCCCUGUCGUUCCACUGAUUCCUCAAAUGAAACCAAAGAGCUCUGUUAAUGAUGAAGAUGGGACCACUAAGGAGCAGUUAGGGGACCAUAAGGAUGUCCAUAUUAGACAUCGUAAACACCGACGCAGCAGCCGCAGUUCUAGUCCUUCAAAGAGAAGCCGACGAGGUCAAGGGCGUAGCCGUAGUAGAGAGAGAGGAAAGCAUAGAGAUCAUAACAAAGACGCAGACAGAGACAGAGACAGAGACAGAGACAGAGACAGAGACAGAGACAGAGACAAAGACAAAGACAAAGACAAAGACAAAGACAAAGACAAAGACAAAGGAAGAGAAAGAGAAAGUGGAAGAGAAAGAGAAAGUGGAAGAGAAAGAGACAAACACAAAAGCAGAAACGAUGAAGUUGACAAGGAUAGAUCCAGGGACAAACAUAAAGAUCGAGAUAAUAACUGGGAGGAGGGUAGUUUAUCAAAAUAUCGCCGUGAAGAGAGGCUACAUAGUAAUAGAGAUAGGAGUCGAAGCAGAAGCAUAAGUCGAAACAGGGAUGACCAUCGACCUGAACAACGUCAUAGCCGUCAUAGUCACCAUAGUCGUGAUCGUAGCCGUGAUCGUAGCCGUGAAAGACGUGUAUGAGUGUUAUCACACAAGUUCGUUUAUAGUUCAUAGGAACUUCCAAUAUAAAUAUAAAGAAAAUAAAAAAUAAAAAAAAGCG